AUGUAUUUUGCUGAUGAUGCACUUAUUUGGGCUAUAGAUCCUGAACAAACUGAUAUUUAUACUGCUGUUGACUCUGGUACUUCUGACAAGAAGAAAAGGAUCUCUACUGCUCCCAAAGAUAACCAGACCACCGACUUAUCUAAGAAAAGAAUUAUUGCCUUUGGAAAACUUCCUGAUUCUACUAGACGGAUAAUGGGCGCAAUUAAGAAAAUGUCUAAAGAAUUAAAAGGAAACACUUUUAUCUAUGUUGAUGAAUAUUUGACUAGUCAAGCAUGUAACCAUU